GUGGACAAUCCCAAUUUUUUUUCUGCUACCUUCCAGAACAUAAGUGCCGUAGCGACAUAUCCUGUCGGGAACAUAUCUUCCAUUGGUGGUGGCUCACUAUCAAAUGUCAAGUUCGCUUCGCAUGCUAUUACACCCAUCCUUUUCCCGUUUAUCAUCACCUAUGAAACAAGUCUCGACCCCACCUUAGUUGUUGCAAAGGACAUUGCAAGCAAAUGUGGAUUUGACGGCUCCACACCUCAAAAUAUUGUUGUGGAUUAUGUUCUUACGUUGAGGAUCAGAGUCCUGGCAAAAAUCAGUCCAGUGUUCCGAGGAAGUGCGAACUUUCCAUGUCCAUUGAGUAAAGAGGACUUAGUGGUGGGUGGCAUGACAAUU